CAGCCCACACUGUGGAAACAACAUCGGAGACGUAAUUACUCGGCAUCUUCUCAUCUUCUCAUCCUACGAUGGCUCUCGGAACAACAGCCCUCCCCUUCUGGCCCGCCCUCCUCUUCACAUACUUGGAGCCCAGUAAGCCUGACUAACGUAUAUCUGCACAAUUAACCAGGCAUGGGAACUCAUACGUGCACAGUAUCCCUUAUUAUCGGUGCCUAUGCGGCGAUAACAUCGCCCUCUACUUUCAUCACCUCUCAGCUUCCAUAUCACGAGCCAGCAGAUCCCAUCUCGCCAGCCGUUGUAAUCCUUGCGUACACGCUAGGCAGUCUGUUUCUUCUCCUCGCUGGAUAUGCAUUGACGUGCACGGUGCUGACCCUUGAUGGGAAUGUUACGAAGUACUAUCUCUUGUUCGCGGCGUGCGGAGACAUUGGGCACCUUGUAGCGAACUAUGCGGGCAUGGGCAGUGCGGUGUUCUGGGCGUACAGGGAGUGGAACGAGGUUAUGUGGGGAAACAUUGCUGUCACCAUCUUCUUGUUCUUAAAUCGUUUAGGGACAGUGCUUGGUUUAUUUGGAAUGCCAGGGUGGGUAACAGCAGGCAAAGCAAAGAAGGUGUGAAUUAAAGCGGGAUCCCCAGCGAUCUGUUACAUGGUAGCAGUGUCCCCUUCGAGGGCGACGUUCUCACUUGCUUCCAGAAUUAAGCCCACUGACUGCGCCAUUGAUGAC